AUGGAGGACAUGCAGGAAACUCCCGCGGUGCUGGGAUGUCUUGGCAAUGUGCAGCGCAAGCUGCAGCAUUACGUGGACAAGACCACGGUGUGGACGAAGACAAGGUGGUUUACCUUGGUUGUUUGCCUGCUGCUCUAUGGCAUCAGGGUCUACUUGAUCCAGGGCUUUUACAUCGUGUCCUACGGCUUGGGCAUCUACCUCCUUAACCUGCUCAUCGGGUUCCUUUCGCCCGCGGUCGAUCCCGAGAUGGAGGAGGUUUUGCCCACCAAUGAAGCCGAGGAGUUCCGGCCAUUCACGCGAAAGCUCCCAGAGUUCAAGUUCUGGUUCGGGGCCAUCCGUGCAGUGCUGGUGGCGAUAUUGCUGACAUUCUUCGCGUUCUUUGACCUGCCAGUCUUUUGGCCGAUUCUUCUAGCGUACUUCAUCGUGCUCGUGGUGCUCACCAUGAAAGAUCGUGUUCGGCACAUGAUGAAGCACAAGUACGUGCCCUUCUCCCUGGGCAAGCAGACGUACGGGGAGUGCGCGAAGGUGGAGGUGCCCAAGGGUAAGGAGGACAAGUGA